AGGGCAAGCGCUCGGAUUAGCGUCCCGCCCACGUCACGACGCGAGGCCUGCAGGGCGCGCGCUGAUUGGACGGACGCUUCUCUCCGCGUUCCUCCGGAGACUCGGGCGAACCGAGCGGAUCGGCGUCCCGGAUCCCGAGCCGAGCCCGAGCUCGGGCUUCCCGCGGUGGGUCUGCGUGGAAGAUGGCGGAGCUGAGCGCGGUCCGACGCGAGCUUAGAACCAGAAACCUGAGCAGCUCCUUCGGGGAGUCGCCCCAAAAAGACGAGCCGCAGAAACUGGCCGUGCCUUUCUGCGGCGGCAUCCGGGGCGGAAUGAGACCGGGGAAGAAAAUCACGAUCAUGGGCGUCGUGAGCGCGGAACCGGACAGUUUGGACAUCAGCCUGACGUGCGGCUGCGGGGACGUGGCUCUGGACACCUGCGUGAGGUUCGAGGACCGGGAGAUCCUGAGAAACGCCUGCGUGUCUGAUCUCUGGGGCGAGGAGGAGAGGUCCAUACCCUACUUCCCCUUCAUCCCGGAGCAGCCUUUCAGGGUGGAGAUUCACUGCGAGCACCCGCGCUUCCGCGUGUUCGUGGACGGCCACCAGCUCUUCGACUUCUACCACCGCGUGACGCCGCUGGCGGCCAUCGACACCAUACAGAUCAGCGGCAGUCUGACCAUCACCAAGCUCAACUGACGCCCGCCGGCCGCCCGCUCUUGUCCAGUCCAACUAGAGUUUUUUUUACAAGCGCCACGAUUCUCGGGAGUCGGCGCGAAAUGCCAUUUGGCGCGAUUUUAAAAUAUUUUUAUCUCCCAGCCUGCGGGGCUCGCCUCGUUUCGUGGUUUUGGACUACAGAAAUAGAAAAUCCGUUCACUUAAGUAUAUAAUAAUGUUGAGCAAAUUACCGACGAGUCAGUGAGACGGAAGUAAAACGGUUUCAGGUCGACUUUACGGCGUUGAAAUGAAGAUGCUGAACUCAUAACGAUGCACAGCUUCGGUGGAUAGAGAUAUAUGACUUUAGUGUAACUCUCCAGCUAAUGUACUCAGGUCUGUUUAAUAAAUACGUGUGUAAGACUCUUUUACAGCAGUGGCGAUCCUUCCAGUCUAAUUCUAUUGACAUGCACUUGAUCAUACUUCAGAGCGAUGCAUUUCAUGUGUAGCUGCGCGGCGAGCCGCUGACGACGUGAGCUUCACUCGAGACUGGCGUUAAAUCAGGGAGGAAAGCGCUGCGCUCCAGUGCUUUCUGUGUGUUUAUUGUCUCGGAGCAGACGGUGCGUCACGUCAGCCUCUUCUUGAUCGCACGCACGCCGUUUCCAAUUAAUAAAGGCUUCUGUUUAAUCAAA